AUGGCCCCCAAACCCGCUUCUACCGCCAGCAAGGCUCCUGCUACUGCCUCCAAGGCCCCCGCUAAGACCACCGCUGAGGGCGGCUCGAAGGCUGGCAAGAAGACGGCAAAGCCCGCCGCCUCAACUGGUCCUGAUGGCGAAAAGAAGAAGAGAAAGAAGUCGAGAAAGGAGACCUAUUCUUCCUACAUCUACAAGGUGUUGAAGCAGGUUCACCCCGAUACCGGUAUCUCCAACAAGGCCAUGGCCAUCUUGAACAGCUUCGUUAACGAUAUCUUCGAGCGUAUCGCUACUGAAGCAUCCAAACUCGCCGCUUACUCUAAGAAGUCUACAAUCUCUUCGCGAGAAAUCCAAACAUCAGUACGGCUUAUCCUCCCUGGUGAACUUGCCAAGCACGCCAUCUCAGAAGGAACGAAGUCCGUUACGAAGUACUCUUCAGCGGGUGCCAAGUAA